UGGCCCAACCGCGCUGUCCAUCGAAGCGUUCCACGCCGCUCUCUCCAGCGGUCGCUCUCUCAGCCCUCAGCCCUAAUGUUUCCACGUUAAAUGACAACAAACACUUCCAAAAUAUAAACAUUAUCGUCCACAAACGACACACUGUAACGGAACCGGCUCCUGAAGGGCAUGAGCGCUGUGUCUGCAGUGAUCGGGCCCCGGGGCCGCUGAAGGGGACAUGGGCUCAUGCGACGCCACUGAAAGCCACGAGGAUUCGUUCUUCACGGCAGGACAUCGGCUUCCAGGCUCUAGGUCGGCGCUCCAGGUAGCCGUGUCUGAUGAGGAUGUCUGAUUCUGUCGCUGAGGCCAUGAGAUCUCUGGACGAGAACACCUCGAGCGCAGACGAGCGCCAGCUCAACACGCCACAGAGCCGCAUGCUCGAGGAGAACUGCAGCGACGACCGCACUGAGACGCAGCGGCAAACACCAGGACCGGACGCUAAAAGAGCCAAGUCGAAGGUAAAGUUAGUUCGGAGCCUGGCCGUUUGUGAAGAUCCCUGUCCUUCCACGAUUACCACACAGCUGCCUCAAGAUCAGCAGGAUGGAGAUCAUAUUAAACUCUCGAAGGCGUUUGACAAAGAAGAAUCGCCAAACGAGGACGAUGCAGACAAAAGUGCCAACAAGCUGGAGAAACCAGAGAAAGUGCCACGCAAGAUGCUGUCCAGAGACUCCAGUCAGGAAUACAAGGACUCGACUGGCAUCGACCUGCAUGGGUUCCUGGUGAACACGCUGAAGAACAACCCCAGGGACCGAAUGAUGCUGCUGAAGCUGGAGCAGGACAUCCUCGACUUCAUCAGUAAUAACGAGAGUCCGAGGAGGAAGUUUCCGCCCAUGACCUCUUAUCACCGGAUGCUCCUGCACAGAGUCGCCGCUUACUUCGGCUUAGACCACAACGUCGACCAGACCGGCAAAUGUGUGAUCGUCAACAAAACCAGCAAUACACGAAUACCAGAUCAGAGGUUCUCCGAACAUAUCAAAGACGACAAGAUGGAUGAUUUCCAGAAGCGCUACAUCUUAAAAAGGGACAACUCCAGCACAGACAGAGACGACGGCAUGAUGCGCAUGAAGCUGAAGGACGACAGGAGGAGCAAGUCCAUCGAGGAGCGAGAGGAGGAAUAUCAGAGAGCCAGAGAGAGGAUCUUCGCUGAUGGUUUAGACACCUUCCCGCUGGAUAAAAGGAUUCAGGAGGACGAGGUGUGUAUCAACAUCCAGCAGAGACGGCAGAUCUUCAGGCUGAAGGACAGUCAGUCGGGGAACAGCCUCCAAAGCAGCUCUGAGAACGAGGCCAAGUAUUCAGAGCCGCGGCCGUGGAGCAGCACCGAUUCGGACAGCUCCAACCGCAACCUGAAGCCCGCCAUGACCAAAGCCAGCAGCUUCAGCGGCAUCCCGGUUCUGAUCCGCGGAGACAGUUCCAGCAGCAGCAAGAGCGUGGGGCGGCUCUCAAACACCGGUUCUGACUCUUGUAGUAGCGUAGGUUCGUCCACGGGUUCGCUGUCUCGAUCCCAGCCUCUAACGCAGCCCACGGCCUUCCCCGCUGUCAGCUACGAGCCGCCGGCGUCCACGGCUAGCGCUAGCUACUAUCUGCUUCCGCUGGACGCCGCAGGGAUACCGGCCGGAAGUGUCCUGGUCAAUCCGCACACAGGUCAGCCGUUUCUGAACCCCGACGGCAGUGCUGUCCUCUACAGUCCCAGCGUGACCUCACAGGCCUCCAGGUGUCAAUCAUCUGUAGCUCCGCCUCCAGCCACUCACCCCCAGCACCAGCCCACCAAUCACGUCAUGGCACAGCCCUCGCCGCUGUCGUACCCAGCGAUCCUCACAGCGCCUCCUGACCAGCCCUUCACUGUGCAGGAGAAUCUGAGCGCUCAGUUCGGUCACAUGAUGCUGGUCCGGAGCCCUGCGCCUCCACCGCAUCAGAGCGGAUACGGGAUGCCCUCGACCGCAGCCUCCGUCAGCCAGCAGCAGAUGCCGGCGUGUUACUGUUCUCCCGGCCAGUUCCCGGUGUCUGGACAGACGUACCGAUCCGUGGGUCCAGUGCCAUACAGCGCUCCGAGUCAGAUUCCCCCCGCAGCCCCGCAGCAGCCAGGUUACCAAACUAUGAUGCCAAAUCAGCAGCAGAGCUACCAGAACAUGAUGCAGCCGCCGCCGAAUCAGCACAGCAGUAUGGGCCAUCAGCUGCAAGGCAUGAUGGUCCAGUAUCCGCCAGUGCCAACUUAUCAGGUGUCCGUGCCGCAGCAGACGUAUCCGCAGACCGUUCCUGCGUCCAGCGUCCAGGUUUACUACAGCAUCAUGCCUCCGAGCCAGCAGAACGCCGUCAGCUCCUCCGUGGGGUUCCUGCCUCCUCCAGGAGCGGAGCAGAUGUCGUUCCACCGCACCUCGCCACCCUGCGGCUCGCAACAGAUGCCCGCCCAGCAGUGCUCAGGUGGUAUGGUGAUGAUGCACCUGGCGUUACCUGCGUCCCAGCAGCCUCAGUCACAUUCACCGCUGCAGUGGAAACACAACAAAUACUACAGCUUCGAUCACACACGCUCACAGAAGCCCAGCAACGUCUGCUGUCUGGAGCCGUCACGAAGCAGUCCUCAGAUGGGCAGCCCGCAGUACUCUCCGGCCCAGUCUCCCACACCAACACACCUCACCAAUGUAAAGAACAUCCGUCCCAGCCUCAGCACUGUUCCCUUCAUGCCUCACUUCUCCAGAUCCUUGGUUUCAGGACAAGGUGAGGUGCGCUUCCAGUACAGCCCUCAGAUCCGCCCACCGUUACUUCAAGCCCCGCCCACGCUGUCCAGUCAGGCUCCGGGGGGGAUCCGGCCCGCGGCUCGAGGCAGGAGGCUGACGAGGAAAGCGCUGUCUACAGAUCUCAGUUGACGAGCCGCGUGCUGGAGGUCAGUCCUACAAGACAACAACACAGCUCUUCUGCUCUCUCACUGGACAGCUGACUGGAACAUAUCACAAUACAGCCGGAACUGUGUUCUUCUUUAUUUUUAUAUCUCCGUUUAUUGGUUCCUUUGUUUUCCACUUCAGAUGGACUUUUUCCAUUUGGUUUCACAUUUGUAUUCGCUCACGUUCUCCUCCAGCCGCCGUGUGCCUUCAGUCGGACGAACAAAAACAGACGCCGUCUCGUGACAAACACAACCUGCGUUUUGUAAAUAAUUGAUAAAGUAAUGCAGUUGAUUCUGUUUCCUCUGUGAAUUGUGGGAACAGACGGCAUAUUUUUGUUUUUAAUUUAAGACCUCAUACGCACUGUCACGUUUGUAAUGUUUUGAGCGCUUGUGUUUGCUGUUUUCACACACGUCAUUCAAUCCUUGUUUUGUUUGUUUGGGGGUCUUUUAAUAUUAUAUUCGUACUGGGGAAAUAAAAAGAGGAAAAUUAUAAAAAGAACAA